CCCAACUGGCAGGGACAGCUGCAGACAGGGGCUGAACCAGCUUUGUUCCCAGGGUGGCGCCUGCUCUCCAUCCAGGCCCCGCUCCGGCUCCCACCCAAUACUGCUUUUGUUCCUGGGUUCAGGGGGCAGCCGGCACUCUGAGUCCUGCGCCAUGAGUGCCUAGAGGCACAGAGCCACCAGGGGUCACCCCGCUUGGGGCACAGGGCUUGGGGAGGAUGGGGCAAGACCAGACCAAGCAGCAGAUUGAGAAGGGGCUCCAGCUGUACCAGUCCAACCAGACAGAGAAGGCACUGGAGGUGUGGAUGAAGGUUCUGGAAAAGAGCUCGGAUCUCGUGGGGCGCUUCCGCGUGCUGGGCUGCCUGGUCACGGCCCACUCAGAGAUGGGCCGCUACAAGGAGAUGCUGAAGUUCGCUGUGGUCCAGAUCGACACGGCCCGGGAGCUGGAGGAUGCUGACUUCCUCCUGGAGAGCUACCUGAACCUGGCGCGCAGCAACGAGAAGCUGUGCGAGUUUCACAAGACUAUCUCCUACUGCAAGACCUGCCUUGGACUGCCUGGCACCAGGGCGGGUGCCCAGCUCGGAGGCCAGGUCAGCCUGAGCAUGGGCAAUGCCUUCCUGGGCCUCAGCGUCUUCCAGAAGGCCCUGGAGAGCUUCGAGAAGGCCCUGCGCUAUGCCCACAACAACGAUGACGCCAUGCUGGAAUGCCGUGUGUGCUGCAGCCUGGGAAGCUUCUACGCCCAGGUCAAGGACUAUGAGAAAGCCCUGUUCUUCCCCUGCAAGGCCGCAGAGCUCGUCAACGACUAUGGCAAAGGCUGGAGCCUGAAGUACCGGGCCAUGAGCCAGUACCACAUGGCUGUGGCCUAUCGCCUGCUGGGCCACCUGGGCAGUGCCAUGGAGUGUUGUGAGGAGUCUAUGAAGAUCGCGCUGCAGCACGGGGACCGGCCGCUGCAGGCGCUCUGCCUACUCUGCUUCGCUGACAUCCACAGGAGCCGUGGGGACCUGGAGACGGCCUUUCCCAGGUAUGACUCCGCCAUGAGCAUCAUGACCGAGAUUGGAAACCGCCUGGGGCAGGUGCAGGCGCUGCUGGGUGUGGCCAAGUGCUGGGUGGCCAGGAAGGCACCGGACAAGGCUCUGGACGCCAUCGAGAGAGCCCAGGAUCUGGCCGAGGAGGUGGGGAACAAGCUGAGCCAACUCAAGCUGCACUGUCUGAGCGAGAGCAUCUACCGCAGCAAAGGGCUGCAGCGGGAACUGCGGGCGCACGUGGUCCGGUUCCACGAGUGCGUGGAGGAGACGGAGCUCUACUGCGGCCUGUGCGGCGAGUCCAUAGGGGAGAAGAACAGCCGGUUGCAAGCCCUGCCCUGCUCCCACAUCUUCCACCUCAGGUGCCUGCAGAACAACGGGACCCGGAGCUGCCCCAACUGCCGCCGCUCAUCCAUGAAGCCUGGCUUUGUGUAACUCCCAGCAGCGGGCAUGGGCUUCCUCCUCGACGCUCCAGCUUUUUCUCCACUGCCUGCUGGAGGCCCAUUUACUCCCUUGGGGCAGCUGCCAGUGCAUCCUCACCAUAGCCAGGGCCUGGGGCCUGCCCUCGGCUGCUCCCCUGGGCCCAGCUCCCCUCCCUGCCUCUUUGUACUUUGCUCUUUAUAGAAAAAUAAACUGUUUGUACCUGG